CACCUCACAAUUCCAAAGCAAGUUGCUGCAACACAACACGGUGAGCUUUCCCUAAAAACACACACCACCACCACCACCACAGCACAGGGAUGCACUCCUCCACCAGUGCCGUGAUAGUUAGCAUGUUGCUUCUCCUGAUGUUCUCGGCCACUGUGCCGUGGGCAUGGGCCGUUGCCCAUGGAGUCGCUGGAGGGGGUGGUGGGCUCUUGCAUAUCCCUUCCGUUGCCUCCCUGGCUCACUGCCACUCCCAGUGUGGGAACAUCAGCUUCUCCUACCCCUUUGGGAUAGGGCCCGACUGCUUCCGGCAGGGCUUUGAGCUCACCUGCGACACCACCACUCGUCCUCCCACUUUGUUCUUGGGAAAUAGUACUACUCAGAUCACCUCCAUAAAUGUCGGCUACAAUGGAGCUGUUGCUUCUGCUAUCGGAUUCAACAUCACCUUGAUCCCAGGGGUGUACACCUACAACAGGACAUGGGAGGCCCCUGUUAAGGGCGUCAUGCUCGAUGGAGGCAACAACAAAUUGUAUGUUGUGGGCUGCGAUGUUGACAUCUACUUGCAUAGCCAUAAUACCACCGAUAUCAUUGGUGCUUGCACAAGUUCUUGCGCAGGCAACAGACAGACCAUGGAGAAUACAAAUGCGGAGGGCUGUCAAGGGAAUAAUGGCUGCUGCCGCAUCUCGUUGCAACGGGACCUACAAGCCUUUUGGCUCAAACUUGUUCGCCAUGACAGGGUAGUAGCAGAACCAGAUGAAGUGCUCCCUAAUGUCAAGGUUAUCAUGUCACGGUAUUAUGAUUUCUAUACAAACGAUCUUUACUCGAGUUGGGUAAACUCAAGCAAUCUACAAGGUUUGUCGCUUCAGAUUUCCAUCAUGGACCAGCCAAGCUGUGAAAGUGCCCAAAUGAAUAGGGACAAUUAUGCUUGCAGUGAUGAAAGCACUUGCAGAAAUCUACUGCCUGGGCAAGGCUACUAUUGCUCAUGCAACAGCCUCAUGGAUGGCAAUCCCUACAUUCGGCAUGGGUGCAUAGCAGCUUACAAUCCAAAGGUCAAAGAGGACUGUAUGAAAUCAUGUGGAAACAUGAAAAUUCCAUUCCCUUUUGGGUUUGAAGAAGGUUGUUUCGGAAAAAGUAACUUUCGACUCAACUGCACAGCAAAUAAGAUCACUGUUCUGGACCGUGGGUACGCACAAUAUCGUGUGACUAAAGUGUCACUUGAUAAUGGUUCUCUAACUGUUAGUAACAUGUUGAACGACACAAGCUCUAACAACGCACAGAUAACAGUCUAUACAGCUCAAUAUAAAGAUGACAUCAUGUACGUGGACCAAGCUUUUGAAGAUCUUUUUGAUUUAUCUGAAGAGGACGAAAUUACAAUAAGGUGGGUCGUUGCCAACUUAACUUGUCAAGCAGCUACAAGAAGUGCUACGUACGCGUGCAUCAGCAACCACAGCAGUUGCGUACCUGUCAAUCGUGGAAAAAUACUUCUUGGAUAUCGGUGCAAGUGUAAUAACGGCUUCCAAGGAAAUCCAUACCUCGAAUUCGAAGAUGCCUGCACAGACAUCAACGAAUGCUCACUGCCAAAUUACUGCAAUGGGACAUGCCAGAAUUUUGAAGGAGGGUACAAAUGCACUCCGUGCUCUCACGGAAAGGUGUUUGAUCAAACAAAGCGGAAAUGUGUGAUGUCAGCUAAGCAACGCAACCUUCUUAUAGGCAUUGCCAUUGGAAUCAGUUGUGGCCUUGGUUCCAUAGUCAUUGCAAUGGGAGCAGCUGUACUUGCAAAUAAGUGGAAGAAAGGCAUCCAAAAGAGAAUUAGAAGAGCAUACUUCAAGAAAAAUCAAGGCCUACUCUUAGAGCAGCUAAUCUCGGAUGAAAGCGUCACAAACAAAACAAAGAUAUUCUCCUUGGAGGAACUAGAGGAGGCAACCAAUAACUUUGAUGCUACUCGUAUUCUUGGUCGUGGAGGGCAUGGCACAGUUUAUAAAGGGAUUCUAUCUGAUCAGCGUGUGGUGGCUAUAAAAAAAUCCAAAAUUGUGGAGCAAACUGAAAUAGACCAGUUUAUCAACGAGGUUGCUAUCUUGACUCAAAUCAUCCAUCGCAAUGUGGUGAAACUUUUUGGUUGUUGUCUAGAAGCUGAGGUGCCCUUGUUAGUUUAUGAGUUCAUAUCCAAUGGUACUCUCUAUGAUCUUCUUCACACAGAUAUUACUGUAAAAUGUAUCCUGUCAUGGGAUGAUCGCAUAAGGAUUGCAGUAGAAGCAGCGGGAGCACUUGCUUAUCUGCACUCUGCAGCUGCCAUACCAAUUUUCCACAGAGACGUGAAGUCUUCCAACAUACUACUAGACGACAGCUUCACCACAAAGGUUUCGGACUUUGGUGCUUCAAGAUCUCUUUCACUCGAUGAAACUCAUGUGGUGACAAUUGUCCAAGGAACAUUCGGUUACCUAGAUCCAGAGUACUAUCAAACUGGCCAACUAACUGAGAAGAGUGAUGUAUAUAGUUUUGGAGUAAUACUUGUUGAACUUUUGACAAGAAAGAAGCCGAUUUUUAUCAAUGGUUCAGGUUCAAAACAAAGCUUGUCUCAUUACUUCAUUGAAGGAAUUCAAGACGGAGCUUUGAAGGAAAUAAUAGAUUCAAACAUUGUGGAAGACGCAGACCAGGAAGAUAUUGAUGAUAUUGCCUCACUUACAGAAGCAUGCUUGAAGAUCAAAGGAGGAGAUAGACCAACUAUGAAAGAAGUAGAGAUGAGAUUGCAGUUCAUAAGAACUAAGAGGCCGAGAAAAACACAAAAAUUGCAUGGAAACGAUGGAGAGAUUGAGGCUUUGUUAAGCCCAAAUGCUAGGAAUCACCAUGAACAUAUCAAUCUUAUCGACGAAGCCCAUUUAACAUCGCAAGGAAUCUCUGGGUGCUACAGUCUGGAACAAGAAUCUGCGUCCUCAAUCAGUUUGCCACGCUAACUAUAUAUGUGGAACAUAGCUGAGGGCUUGCUAGGAUGCAUCAGUGAAGAAUUAUAUUUGCUAUGUUUAGUUCCCUUUGGACUUUGUUGUUUUUUAGGGUAACUUGGUUGUUGUUGUUGUUCCCUCGUUGCAUUUCCUAUGUAUUUACAAAAUGCAUUGUACACCAUGUCACUUAUAUUCUUUUAUUAUCUGUGAUGAAGAUGCCUAUAAGUUAC